AAACAGGCCCCCUCCAACAUACACGACACCUACAGUUCUCCGUUCUCCAUAGCUCAAAGCCAUGGCUGCAUCAAUUCAACCCUAACCGGAACCCUAACCCUCCACAUUUCAACCCCACCAAAUGAAGAACCUUCUUCGUCCCCACCGACCCAUUUCAAACCCUAAAUUUGAACUCGUCCCCAUCUCUACCUCUUCAACCACCACCAGUGAACACCUCGAUAAUGACGAAAACUUCAUAGCGAUCCUAAACGGCAUCGUUCGGGGCAAGAAAAGCUGGAAAAUCUCUCUCAACAGUCCAUAUGUUUCAGCUCACCUCAAGUCACAUCAUGUCGAAAAGGUCCUCCUCCAAACCCUAGACGAUUCAAGGUUAGCUUUACGUUUCUUCAAUUUCUUAGGCCUUCACAAAAACUUCGAUCACUCCACUGUGUCGUUCUGCAUUCUGAUUCACUCCUUGGUCCAAUCCAAACUUUUCUGGCCCGCCUCUUCAAUCCUUCAAACCCUCCUUCAGCGUAGUUUAAAUCCGAGACUAAUUUUUGAAUAUUUAUUUAAUUCGUUUGAAAAAUCCAAUUUUUCAUCCACAUUGGGAUUUGAUUUGUUAAUUCAAAAUUAUGUUCAGAAUAAAAGAGUACUGGAUUCUGUGAUAAUUGUGAAGCUCAUGAAGGAGUGUAAAUUAAUGCCUGAAAUUAGGACUUUAACUGUCGUGUUGAAUGAGUUGAUUCGAAUCAGGCGGUUCGAUAUGGUUCUGGGCUUGUUUGAUGAGAUUGUGAGCUCAAAUGUUCGGCCCAAUGUGUAUAUAUACACGGCUGUGAUUCGGAGUUUGUGUGAACUGAAAGAUUUUGACAGGGCAAAAGAAAUGAUACAUUAUAUGGAGUUGUAUGGUUGUGAAUUGACUGUGGUACCGUAUAAUGUGUUGAUCAGUGGGCUCUGCAAGAGCCAAAGAGCUCAGGAGGCUGUCGAGGUUAAGAAUGCGUUGGCUCAUAAGGGAUUGAGAGCUGAUGUGAUUACGUAUUGUACAUUAGUGUUGGGUUUGUGUAAAAAGAAAGGAUUUGAGAUUGCUCAAGAAUUGGUGAAUGAGAUGGUGGAACUGGGGUUUGUUCCGACUGAGGCGGCUGUGUCAAGUCUUGUUGAUGGGUUGAGGAGAUAUGGAAAUAUUUUGGGUGCUUAUGAGGUGGUAAAUAAAGUGGGGGUGGUGCCGAAUUUGUUUGUCUACAAUGCAUUGAUCAAUUCUUUAUGCAAAGAUGGGAAGUUGGAAGAAGCAGAGAUGCUUUUUAUGAGCAUGGAGGAAAAGGGUUUGAGUCCAAAUGAUAUAACAUAUGCUGUAAUCAUCGACUCAUUUUGUAAAUGGGGAAAAUUGGAUGAUGCUGUUCUUUUGCUUGGUAAAAUUGGGGAUGCGGGGAUAAAAGUGACCGUGUAUCCCUAUAAUUCUCUUAUCAAUGGGCACUGCAAAGUCGGUAAACUGAAUGCAGCAGAGUGUCUCUUCAACGACAUGAUUGAUAAAGGAAUAACUCCAACUGUGGUGACGUAUACUUCAUUGAUAGAUGGAUACUGCAAGGAAAAAGAAGUGCACAAGGCAUUGAGGAUCUAUCAUGAGAUGACUAGGAAAGGAUGUUUGCCAAACACGUAUACCUUUACUGCACUUAUUUCUGGUCUUUGCCAUGCAAACAUGAUGGUGGAAGCAAGUAAGUUGUUUGACGUAAUGGUGGAAAGGAAUGUUAGCCCGAAUGAGAUUACAUAUAAUGUUAUGAUUGAAGGGUACUGUAGGCUGGGUAAUACAGUGAUAGCCUUUAAGUUGCUUGAUGAGAUGAUGGAGAAGGGUCUUGUACCUGAUACAUAUACCUAUAGGCCUCUAAUAAAUGGGCUAUGUUUGACAGGCAGGGUAUCUGAAGCCAAAGAAUUUGUGGAUGACCUUCACAAAGAGCACUUUAAGUUAAAUGAGAUGUGCCUUAGCGCACUUCUACAUGGUUAUUGCAAGGAAGGAAUGUUAAAGGAUGCACUGAAUGCUUGUCAUAAGAUGUUGGAAAGAGGAAGUGAUAUGGACCUUGUGUGUUAUGCCGUACUUAUUAAUGCAGCUCUUAAAAAGCAUGAGACAGAAACAAUAGAAAAUCUGUUGAAGGAGAUGCAUGAUCAGGGGUUGAGGCCUGAUAAUGUAAUAUAUACUAGUAUGAUUGAUGCCUACAGCAAAAAUGAAGAUAUUAAAAAGGCAUUUGGAGUUUGGGAUGUAAUGGUCAGUGAAGGAUGCAUCCCAAAUGUUGUGACAUACACUGCAAUGAUAAAUGGCUUAUGUAAGGCAGGAUCUGUAGAUAAAGCUGAGAUCCUUUGCAAGGAAAUGCUGGUCAGCAGCUCCAUUCCUAAUCAGGUUACACAUGGUUGUUUCCUUGAUCACCUUUCCAGAGGAGGACACAUGGAGAAAGCUGUAGAGCUGCACAAUGCAAUGGUUGAAGGGUUUCUAGCAAACACUGUCACAUACAACAUACUCAUUCGGGGUUUCUGCAACUUGGGCCAAAUUGAGGAAGCUGCAGAAACCUUAACUAAAAUGACACAGAAUGGUAUCGCCCCAGAUUGUAUAAGCUAUUCAACAAUCAUUUAUGAGCAUUGUAGAAGGGGUGAUUUACAGGGAGCGACAAAGCUGUGGGACUCCAUGCUGAACAAGGGUGUGAAGCCUGAUAUACUGGCCUUUAAUUUGUUGAUAUAUGGCUGCUGUAUGUCUGGAGAGCUAAACAAAGCUUUUCAACUGCGUGAUGACAUGAUGAGAAGAGGUCUGAAGCCAAAUUGGGCAACAUACAAUGCUCUCAUUCACGGAACUUGCUUAAAAGUAAAGUUGGGUACAGCGAUUGAAGUGUAAUGAUUAUAUGGAUGGUUGAAUCAUUCUUGUACCCGAGCUAAAUUGUCUGUAAUCCCACUUGACAUUAGCUGGGAUCUCUAUUCAGAACAAUGAUGGUUUUACGUUAACCGUGAACCUAGAUCUGAACAUGUUGAAUCCUGAGGGUAGGACGAUUUGGAGAUGGUUGGACAUUUCUCCUUUUCUGUAGAUUACCUUAACUUUGUAGAUUUGUAAGUUUAGACGGGGAAUGUACAUAUGAUUUUGAGAGAACGGAC